AGUAUUUCAAAUAACGAUUGGCGUGUUAACCUACUUGGUGACUUUGUAUACUUCAGAUUAUGAGAUGUAUGGUUAAUGUUAGAAGGUGUAUACCAUGGACGAUACUAACUGCUGUUCUAAGCACGAUCGCUUGCAUCUUGUUAUACUCUAAAAAACUGCAAUGGACUGAAUCAAGUUUAUUGCUGUUUCAACACCAAAGAAGCUCAGGCGUAAAGUAUGUUGUAAACGCUGGCUUCACUGUUAAAACCACAGCUACACAACAUGGCGUCGGCACUGUAACGACGGAAACUUCCAGCAGUGUGAUAGAUACGUUACGUUCUGAUGUCGUACUGGUCACAAAAGUAACAAAUAUACUGGAACCAAAAACUCAUGAGACCCAACAGAAGCGGGACUGUCCUUUGAAAAUCUACCAGGACGUUACGAACAUUAAACCACGCGUAUCACUUGACCCAAACAAGUUUCUUCUUCCGUGGUUACUAUGGGGACCUAAUAAUCAAUUGGUUGGAUUUCGGGAGUCAGUUUUUCUAGCAAUCAAACUCAACAGAACAUUGGUGAUACCACAUUUUGCACCUCAAUACAACGACCACGGUCGACAAGGACUGCGUGUGGUGUCAGCAUUCAACAGGAUUAAUGUACCUGCUCUGGCAGGCUUCAUAUCAACCAUUUCAAUACAAGAGUUUCAAGAGAAAUGCAAUCGAAAGCUGGACGUUAUAUUCCAGAACCGACCAAGGUGGUGUUUUGCGUUGAGGGAAGCAGAAGAACUUACUGGAGUCGAUAUUUUUGGGGUGAAAUCGCCUCCAGGAGCAAGCGGAAGAGUUACAUUUGACCGUAACCAGACUGGAUGUGACAUUCCAGACAUUGCAACUUACCCGAGCACAGUAGUACACAACACAGUGCAUGAUUCAAAGAAGUUGGACAAAAUAUUUAAUUCGUCAGCAAAAUGUGCCAUGUUCCUGUACCCGUUCAAAUCCUUAUCGUUGCCGACAAUGGGCGAACCGCUGCCUAUCGAGUUACAUAACGCUACCAAGGUCGAACAGAUGACGUCAUCGGAGAACAUACACAGUGCAAAAGAUGACGUCAUACUUGCUGCGAUAGAACACGUCACGACAAGGCCGGUGUAUGUUGAGAAAAUAGCCGAGAACUUUAUUCGUGACAUCAUGAAAGUACAUGAUUUUGUAAGCGUUCAUUGGAGGUUUGAUAAGGAGAUGGUUGAUACGAUGUGCUCGUUGAACAGCAAAGAUGUAAUAUGCAAUGUAACUUUCACGCCUAAUCACCUAGCCCAUGCAAUUCUUGCCAUUCAAAGUCACAUUUUCAGCACCCAACGUCUUCCAGUGUACAUUGCAGCACCACCAACGCUGUCGCAGUUCAUACAACAGGUUCGGGAGAUUCUAGAAAAUCGAACAGCAAACAACACAAUGGGCACCGCCCAUAAAUUAGUAUGGGAUUUAAGCGAUUUAAAGCAGUACACAAAUGAAAACUAUUCUCCCGAACUCUGCCCUGACAUUCGGCCGACGCCAAACGAUUUCCUUUCUCUCGCGGAGAUGGAAAUAUGCUCAAGGAGUACUUCGUUUCUAUUUUCUCGAUUUUCUUCGUGGUCUGCAAUGGUGCUGCAUUCUAGACCAAAAAAGUCUUUCCCUUACGAUCGAUCAGCUUUUGAUCUUUCCGUAUCACCGUGAUAAUGUAAUACCUUGACUGCGUGCCUGCGACACUCAACUACAAACUAACGUGUCCAGGCCGUUGUACAACAACACUUAAAAACAAUACCAUUGUCUAUCUAACAUUUUCUCUGUAACAAUUCUGUUAUCGCAAGAUAAACGUAAAUAUGUUUAGUUAACUUCAAGUUAAAACUUACUUUGUUACUUUUUAUUUACCGUUAUUCGUAAUGUGAGUUCAAUGAAGCGUGUAUUGGUGUUCAUGCGUUUACAGUUUAUGUCUCCUUUAAGCAAUCAGCGCUGCCCGCAUUACUCGGGUUUGGCUUUCUUCUUUCCUUUCCUAUGUCCUUUAGUUGCAGUUGCAUUGACUUUAAGUUUAGUAUGCACGUUUAGUUUUACAGUCAGCAUUUAUAAAUCCGCUUGAAGUUUAUGGUUUUUCACCUAGUAUUCUUCAUAUUAAGAUGUAUAGUGGGGUGGGGGAAGAUGGGAAAUAUUUAGC